CAUAAAACUUUUUUUUGCUGAGUAAAAAAAUAUUCUCAGAAUGAAUUAUUUUACUCAGCUAAGAAUGAGAACUUUUUUAUCCGCCAUAAAAAAAUAUUCUCAACGUUGAGAAUAUUCUCAGCUGAGAAUAUUUUUUCUCAGCUGAGAAUUUUUUUCUCCACGAUGUAAGCGGUAGACGGAACUCUUUCGUGCUUGAAACCGAAAAAAGAGUGCUAAAGUCCGCGAAAAUGCAGGUGAGUUUUGAUGGUAGAGUCGUCUGUCAAGAAGAUUUACAGUUCGUAAAAGAACAGCUGAAGAAGUAAAGAAAAAGUACUACAACCUAAAACAGAGAAGUAGAGAAAAAUAUGACCUACAAAAGAGACCAAAAACAGGAGGAGGUCCUGCUGCCAAAACCACUCAGGCAGAGGAACUCCUCAUCAGUCAUAUGAUUGAAGAGAAGCGUACACAGCUGACUGGUUUUCCAGACGGUGUAGACACUGACACAAUUGCAUCACAACCUGAAUGUUCUGGAUCUUGGAUUUCAAGACAGAAGGAGGCUCUUGAUGCCUACAAAGAACUAUCAGAAAGAAAUUUGGUGACAACAGCCAAGAAAAUGGCAGUAAAAAUAGAAAAAUUUUUAGACACUCAUACAGUUGUAACACCAGUCCCAAGAGCCAAUGAUAUUCACAUUAUGGAUACCUUAAAGGGAAUUUCUCAGAGUGAGGUGGAGCAAGAUGAAUCACAAAGUGAUUUAUUGGUGAAUUACCUAUGUCACACAUACAGUUGCCUGAGAAAUUUAAAAACACCUGAUUUACCUUCGUUGAUCAAUGAUUUGGUGAUAUUUAUAAAAGAAAACACAUAUAAAGUUGCAGCAGCAGUUAUACCGCUCAUUACAAUAGUCACUAUCAUUAUAAUCAGUAAAACACUCAUUGGAUUUGAAGAGGCUGGUAUUGACAAUUGGACCAUUGUCAGGAAUAUAGCAUACGAUAAUAAUAUUGUCAUAGCAAGUCCUACGCGUUCACCAGAUUCUACCGGAAGUAGAAAUACGAGAGGAUUCAAUAAAAAGAAUAUAUUUGUUGGUAUAGCUACCAUUACAAUGUAG